GACUAGGGUUUAAAAAAGCUUCUGCAACACUAGCCACCGUAACAAUGGCGUCUUCCAUCGGGACGAUCUUCAGUCACCCCGCCGCAACUACCCGCCGCCAUCAAUUCACCUCUAAUCGGAACCUUUUCCAUCGAUUCCACUUCCGAAAUGCGUCUCCCGCCGCCGUCGCCAUCCGCUGCUCCCUCCGCGGCCGCCCCGAGUACAUCCCAAACCACAUUCCAGACCCAAAGUACGUCCGCAUAUUUGAUACCACUCUUCGCGACGGCGAGCAGUCUCCCGGCGCCACCAUGACCACCAAGGAGAAGCUGGAUAUCGCGCGGCAGCUCGCUCGCCUCGGCGUCGACAUAAUAGAGGCUGGAUUCCCAGCCUCAUCCGACGCCGACUUCGAAGCCGUCAAGCUGAUCGCGCACGAGGUUGGGAACGCGGAUUCUGAUUACGUUCCGGUGAUCUGCGGUCUGGCGAGGUGCAAUCAGAGGGACAUCAUGAGGGCGUGGGAGGCUGUUAGGUACGCGAAGAAGCCGAGAAUUCACACUUUUAUUGCAACGAGUGAGAUCCACAUGAAAUACAAGCUGAGGAAGACGCCGGAGCAGGUUGUUGAGAAGGCAAGGAGUAUGGUAGAGUAUGCAAGGAGUUUGGGCUGUGAAGAUGUUGAAUUUAGUCCUGAAGAUGCUGGAAGAUCAGAUAGAGAGUUUCUCUAUCAAAUUCUGGGUGAAGUUAUAAAGGCAGGGGCGACAACCCUCAACAUUCCGGAUACAGUUGGCUACAAUUUGCCUGCAGAAUUUGGACAAUUGAUUGCUGAUAUAAAAGCCAACACUCCUGGAAUUGAAAAUGUGAUCAUUUCAACACACUGUCAGAAUGACCUUGGGCUUUCUACUGCCAAUACCUUAGCUGGGGCAAAUGCUGGUGCAAGGCAGGUAGAGGUGACCAUUAAUGGCAUUGGUGAAAGAGCUGGUAAUGCCUCAUUAGAGGAGGUUGUAAUGGCCUUGAAAUGCCGUGGAGAACAAGUAUUGGGUGGCCUUUACACAGGGAUCGAUACGAAACACAUUGUUAUGGCAAGCAAGAUGGUUGAAGAAUACAGUGGCCUGCGUAUACAACCACAUAAAGCAAUUGUUGGAGCAAAUGCCUUUGCCCAUGAAAGUGGGAUCCAUCAGGAUGGAAUGCUUAAACACAAAAAUACAUAUGAAAUUAUAUCUCCAGAAGACAUAGGACUUCUUCGUUCUAAUGAAUCUGGUAUAACUCUUGGAAAACUCAGCGGACGCCAUGCCCUUAAAGCUAAAAUGUUGGAGUUAGGAUAUGAUAUUGAUGGAGAUGAGCUUGACAAUCUUUUUCAACGAUUUAAAGGUGUAGCAGGAAAUAAAAAGAUAAUCACCGAUGAUGACCUAAUUGCCCUCGUUUCGGAUGAAGUCUUCCAGCCAAAAGUUGUAUGGAAAUUCGAGGAUGUACAGGUUACAUGUGGAUCUCUUGGCCUGUCUACUGCAACCAUCAAACUCACAGACAUCAACGGUAAUGAACACAUUGCUUGUUCAGUUGGAAGUGGGCCGGUCGAUGCGGCAUACAAGGCCAUUGAUCUUAUUGUUAAGGUUCCUGUUACGCUUGUCGAGUAUUCCAUGAAUGCAGUAACUGAAGGAAUUGACGCUAUAGCCAUGACACGAGUUCUAAUUCGCGCCGAGGAUGCUGCUGCUACAUCAACCAUUGCUAUGACAGGAGAAACGGUCACCCGUGCUUUCAGUGGGACAGGAGCAUCGAUGGAUAUCGUCAUUUCCAGCGUUAGGGCCUAUAUCGGUGCAUUGAACAAGCUGAUGGGGUUCCAGAAUCGCCCGAAAACCGAAAAUCCCAACGAGAUCAAGGUUUUGAAUACGGCUUGAAGCAUGCAUAUGCAUUUGUCGACAAAUUUUCUUGGUAAGUUGUUGCUCCUUAAAACUUUCUUGUGUUUCUUGAGGCUGCAAUGGUUGUCACCAGAGUAUGUUAGUAUUAUUUAUAUUUAUGGGGGAUUUCAUUCAAAAUAAGAAAUAUAUAUAUAUAUAUAUAUGUAUUUAUGUGUGUAGUAUCUGUAUAAUUGGGGAUGUAAGAAAUUUCUUAUUAAAUUUUGGCAUAGCAAAUUAGGUUAAUCGUA